CUGUCCUUGGCCGGCGUGCGCUGUACGAACAUCAUGUCUGCGCUUCUGGCUGGAGCUCGCUUCCUCCUGCGCCCCGGUCUGCGGGCUCUCCCGGCUCCCUGCGUGCGGCUCAGCCCAGGGCAAGGCAGAUACCUGAACAAUACACCAGGCCACUUUGCAAUAGCUGCUCAACAGAAGGGACACAUCCAUGAGGAACCCGUGUCGGCAGUUCGGGCCAAGCAAGCACAGCAGUUUGAUUGGGCACUCAAUAAAUUAGACAGUUCUGUUAGAAGAACUGGGCGCAUCACAAAAACACUUUUGCAAAAAAUCUUCCAUGAUGUUUGCAGAACAGGUUACCCAAGCAGCAACCAGGCCUUGCUUUUGCUGCGGAGUUGUGGAUCUUUGCUGCCAGAGCUGCAGAUGUCAGAAAGAACAGAAAUGGCACACCGCAUUUGGGAAAAGCUUCAGGAACUGGGUGCUGUUUUUGACGUGAGCCAUUACAAUGCUCUACUAAAAGUCUAUCUGCAAAAUGAACACAAAUUUUCACCUACUGAAUAUCUUGCAAAAAUGGAGGCCGCCAAUGUGCAACCUAAUCGGGUUACUUAUCAGAGGCUAAUUGCUGCCUAUUGCAAUGAAGGUGAUAUAGAAGGAGCAAGCAAAAUAUUAGGUUUUAUGAAGAAUAAGGAUCUACCUAUAACAGAAGCAGUAUUUAAUACUUUGGUUACUGGCCAUGCAAGGGCAGGUGAUAUGGAGAAUGCAAAAAACAUCCUGUCUGUAAUGCGGAGUGCAGGAAUAGAGCCAGGUCCAGAGACUUAUGUUGCUCUCUUAACAGCAUAUGCGGAGAAGGGCGAUAUUAACAACAUCAAACAGACCUUAGAAAAUGUGGAAAAGAAUGAAGGAAGCCUCACUGAUAGAGACUUGAUGCAAGUCAUCUGGAGUCUGGCUAAGGCUGGAUACCCUCAGUAUGUUCAAGACAUUGUGGAGCGCAUGAGAUAUGACAGAGGAUACAUACCAGAUGCAAUGAACCUCUGUUUGAGUCUUAUGACCCAGGGUUUUGAAGAUGUAGCUUUCCUUGUGUUGAAAUCAUUUUCGGCUGCCUCACAUGAUUCGCCGAAUGGCGAUUCUCUACACCACGGAAAUUUCUUUUUGCGUCACUGUGUCAAUUUGGACAAGCCAGCAAACAAAGUAAAGCAGUUCUGUGAUGGCUUAAAAGAAGAAAAUUUGCAUUCUGCACCUCUGCAGUUUGCUUUGUACUGUUCUUUGGAUGCCAAGAAAGCAGAUUUAGCUCUUGAGCUCAUGAAGAUGAUGAAACAAGAAGGAAUGCCUGUCAGGCCACACUACUGCUGGCCUCUCCUGAUCAGCUUCCAAAAAGAAAAAAAUGCAGAAGGUACCAUAAAAGUAAUUAAAGCGCUUUCGGAAAUAGGCGUGGAACUAGAUGUUGAGACGUAUUCCAACUAUGUCCUCAGUGUGUUCAAUGAUGUAAAGUCUGCUCGUGCACAGUUGCAGGAACAUGGUUGUACAGUUGAUUCCAGUUGGUUUAACUUGGCGGAGCUGAGACAUGAUGCAGUUUCUGGAAACUUGGAGGAAGUGUAUUCUCUCUUAUCCUCACCAAGCUUUCCUUCUGUGGAUCUGGGUCACUUUAGAGGCAGUCUCAUAACUGCAUUUAAAAGGUCAAAUAAUGUAGAUCUGAAAGCUAAGAUAACAGAGCUGCUGUACAAGGACGGGCGCUACUGCCAGGCAGCUUCCGGACCAAAUGAAGCUGUUGGCUAUUUUCUUUAUAACCUGAUUGACAGCAUGAGCGACGCAGAAGUACAGGCCAAGGAGGAGCAUCUGAGACAAUACUUCCAUCAGCUAAAGAACGCGAACAUAGUAAUCUCCGCAAACAUAUACAGGGGUAUCCGUAACUUGCUGGACUCCAGUCACGUUCCGGAACUGAUUAAGGAUGUUAUAGUGUUGGUUGAUUCUCAGGAAACAUUAACCUCAUCAGAUAUUGCAAAGUCAGCAGAGUUAAAGGCUUCCACUUUAGAAGAAGAGAUUGAGACCCUUAAAGCUGAGAACAAGCCUUUUGGGGAUGUCCUAAAGCAGCUUGUGAUGAUACAUUGCUCCGAAGAGAAUAUGCAAAAAGCCCUAGAAGUAAAGGCCAAAUAUGAACAAGAAAAUUUGGCCAUUGGAACGUAUGCAGCUCUAAUUCAACUGUGCUGCCGCCAUGAUAAUCCAGAUGAGGCACUAAACCUUAAACAAGAGCUGAACCGUAAAGAUUCCUCUGCUGUUCUCGAUACCAGCAAGUACCUGGCCCUUGUCAAGGUCUUUGGAAAGAACGGCCGGAUAGCAGAUGCUAUUAACGUUCUAAAGGAGAUGAAAGAGAAGGAUGUUCCACUGAAAGAGACAACAACCACAUCCUUCUUCCACAUCCUUAAUGCCGCUGCCUUGAGAGGUGAUGCCGAGACAGUGGAUAAGAUACAUGAGAGCAUCGUGACUCUGGGAUUGGCCAAACCCACGUCUAACCUUUGUUCACCCUUGGUAUCUGUCCACCUGGAGAAGGGAGACUUACCAGCCGCCAUGGAAACACUAUUUACCUGCAGCAAGAAGUACAACUGCAUGCCUCGCUUGCAUGAUGUCCUCUGUAGAUUGGUGGAGAAAGGGGAUACUGAUCUGCUGCAAAAAGCAAUGGACCAUAUAAGCCAGGAGAGGGGAGAGAUGGCAAUGCUCUAUGACCUGCUCUUUGCGUUUCUUCACACUGGAAAGUACAAAGAAGCCAGGAAGAUCAUCGAGACUCCAGGGUUGAGAGCUCGUCCUGGAAGGUUGCAGUGGUUUGCUGAGAAAUGCAUUGCAACAAAUCAGAUGGAAGCUUUGGAAAAUUUGGUAGAUAUGACCCAGAAGCUGUUUGAGUGUGACAGAGAUGACAUGUACUACUAUCUUCUAAAGCUCUGCAAGGAAAAUGAUGACUGGAAGAAAGCUGAUUCUGCGUGGACCAAAAUUCAAGAAGAAAAUGUGAUCCCUCGAGAGAGAACAUUGAGGCUGUUGGCAGAUAUUUUCAGGAGAAAUGGACAAGAAGUCCCAUUUGAUGUACCAGAGACUUGGUACAAAGAUGCAGCUGAAUCAAAAGUCCUAGCAUCUUCCAGUGCUCCCAGUUCUCCAGAAUCAUCCUUCCAGAAGAGAGUUCAAAUUCUCAGUAAAAAGAACAGAGCCAAAGAUGCCUACGAAGCGUUCAUGGAAGGCGAGAAUAACGGCACCGCCAUGAGUGCAUCCGCGUAUUCCAGCCUCAUUCGGUCAAUGCUUUCAGAAGGGAUGCUGGAAGAGGCCAAAAAAGUCUUAAAUACCGCCGAGAACCACAUCAAGGGCUUCACGCUGAACGAUGCUGCCAGCAGCCUCCUCAUCAUCACGCAAGUUAGGCGGGAUUAUUUGAAAGAUGCAUUGGCCUCUCUGAAAGCAAUGCUUGAAGGUGACAAGGUGCCCACACAGCUGGCAGUCACCCGUCUCGUCCAGGCUCUGGCUUUGAAAGGGGAUCUGGAAGGGAUUGAAGUGGUCGAGAACAUGAUGCGGAAUAUUGGCUCCUCCAUUCGCCUGUCGCAAAUGCUUUUUAUCAACAAUAAAAUGUUGGCUCACUUGAAAAGGGGUAAAACGGAAGAGGCAAUCGAGCUUAUAGAGCCCUUAUAUACAGGAACAGAUUCCCAGGUCACCAGUAUUUCCUAUGUGUUCCGGAAGGCAAUGGAAGAAAAGAUGGAGUCGGCCCUAGAGAAAUUGAGUGGCAUGGCGGAGAGAUUGGCCAAUCAGUUUGCUGUGUACAGACCCGUUACAGACCUUUUCCUGCAGUACAUCCAAGUUGGAAGAAAGGACGAUGCCCGUUUUCUCUUGCAGAGGUGCGGUUCUAUAGCCGAGCAAACCCCUGUCCUAGUAUCUUUCAUCUCAAGAUCUGCACAGAUACCAGGCCAGGCGCAGCUGAUCAAAGAUCUGCUAGAACUGAUCCCUGAAUUCUCAGAGAGGGAAACAGCCUACUCCUACCUUAUGAAAUGUUACGCGACAGACAAAGAUGCGACUGCAGCGACCGCUUUAUACGAGAAGAUGAAAAGCGAAAGUGUGAGUCCGGACGAGUUGUUCCUGAAACGCUUGGCAGUCCUUCUGAGGGAAGCGGGAGAGCCGGUCCCUUUCAGCGAGCCUCCUGAAAGCUUUAAAUUCUACGCAGACAAAUUAAAGAAAGACAAGGCAGACUCCUACGAUGAUGAACAUUAGCUCUCGUUUUUUUUAAUUUCUGUAACACUUACAAAUUAUUUUUUUUUUAUAUGUAUUUUGUUGCUGCUGGGAAGUGUUAUAAAUCUGACCUGCAAGGGAUAUUUAAUGUGGGUGGGGAAUAAAACAAAAAACAAAGUG